AGUCCUUGAAGGUAACUCAGGUCGCCGAGAAUGGAUUCUCAGAUUCCAUCGGAAGUUCAAGCAAAGAGCGUAGGCGAAAUUGUUUUUAACUGGAAUCACGAGCUUCAAAAGCGCACUAGUGCUUUCGUGUUAAGAACAGAUAUCUUCGCGGAGUGGGAUAAUUGCAUCUUGAAUAAUCGCAAUCAUCUGUUGAAUCUUCAGGCUAACCUUGGAAAAGCCUCUACUUCUCAAGAAAGAAUGGAACGUCAACUUCAGAUUCUGCUUGCCAACCAGAUCGAAAUAAGCGAUGCUCUGACGUUUUUGGAAUCGGAAGUAGAUCAUUUAGAGAGUGCACAGCAAAAAAACAAAGUUGUACACCCCAGCUUGUUUCCAAGCCAAAGUUUGAUUUAUUCCUUGGCCGAUAAAAUCAGCGUACAUUUAUGCAACCUUGGAGAAACUUUCCUUGCGAUUUAUCCUCUCCCAAGAGAUCGAAAAGAGAAUGAUGCACCCGGUUCGGAUGUGAAAGGCACGAUAAUUCCGUUGACGCACGAAAUCCUGAUAAAUCAUCUCCAAGCACUGAAUUUAGUUGAGAAGAGACUAGGGAGAAACGUAAUUGGUUAGUGCUACGUGAAGAGCUGUUCUUUAGAUUCAUGAUUUUAGUGACCUCAACCGUGCUUCAAAAUCUAGACAAGUUUUCUUAUCUCAGUAAAGGUUCGAUUUCUUCAGUGAAUGCGCGUGAGUUUGGAAAACAUUUCUAUAGACAAUCACAUUUGUUC